CCACCAUGCUCGAUUUCCAAGGUCAUCUUAAGCAAGUAUAAAAUGCCUCCCAAACCCCUUCACCAUAAUCACAAAUACCUUCAUUUCUAUUCGAUCAACUCCAUCUAGCUAGUUGUGUACCAUUUCUGAAGAUGAAUAGGCCAGGAGAUUGGAACUGCAAGUCAUGCAAUCAUCUCAACUUCCAGAGGAGGGACUCAUGCCAGAGGUGCGGUGAGCCAAGGCCUGGCGAGAGAGGUAGUGACUAUGGAAGCUUUGGUGGAGGAAGAGGAAGUGGUUCGUUCGGGUUCAGUACAGGCCCGGAUGUCAGGCCCGGUGACUGGUAUUGCAACGUGGGAAACUGUGGAGCUCAUAACUUUGCCAGCCGCUCCAGCUGUUUCAAGUGUUCUGCGUCCAAGGACGAGUCCUCUAGUGGAGGUGGUGGCUUUGACGGUGACAUGCCUAGGUCACUUAGAGGUGGUUUUGGAUUUGGCGGCGGAGGCAGUGGCAGUGGUAGUGGUAGCAGCUCUGGUCGCUCUGGAUGGAAAUCCGGGGACUGGAUUUGCACAAGGUUAGGAUGCAACGAGCACAACUUCGCGAGCAGGACAGAAUGCUUCAGAUGCAACGCUCCAAGGGAAUCUAGUGCUGGUAGUGCUGCGCUUUUCUGAAAGAACUGAGAAAAGGAACAUUCGCUAACGAUAAUGGCUACUCCUUUUGGGUCAGAGACAGAGAGAGGAAAGAAACAUCACCCUCUACUAUUUUUAUCAAUUUUCCUUUUUUCCUUUUGUAAUUUUUCUAGUGUCUAGGUUCUUUGCUAGCAAGGGAGCUUAAUUUGAAAUGUGGCUGUCACGAAGAACGUACUUAACAAAGCUUAAUCACUUGGCAUUUUGUGCGCUU